UUUCGGGAAAAGCAUAAGUGACGUCAUCAACACUCUUAGAUAGCGAUGUUUUUACUAUGACGUAUGGCGUGAGGCUGCUGGAAUCUAAACCGAUGUGAACUCACAGUGCGCCCUCGAUAGUGUCGGUAUUUUUCCCUCGCUGACAAGAAACAUUUAUCCAUAUUGCUGUUACUAGAAUGAAAACUUUGACCGUGUCUCGAGGUGCAUUUAUUGUCGUAGAGGGCUGUGAUCGCUGUGGGAAAUCAACCCAGUGCUCCAAGAUAAUGGACAGGCUAAAGGCGGAGGGGACUGUGGCUGAGCUUUUAAAGUUUCCUGAUCGCACAACUAUCACAGGAAAAAUGAUCGACAGCUACCUAAAGAUGUCAGAGGAAAUGGAUGAUCGUGCGAUUCAUUUGUUAUUUUCUAGCAACAGAUGGGAAGCAUUGGCAUUAAUGGAAAAAAAAUUGAAAUCAGGGGUGACGCUGAUUGCUGAUCGUUAUGCCUAUUCAGGUGUGGCCUAUUCUACAGCAAAGGGUCUGGACAUGGACUGGUGUAAGGCACCAGAUUCUGGCCUCAUCAAGCCAGAUGCUGUGUUGUACCUGAACGUUAGCAAUGAUGUGGCGGCACAGAGGUCUGAUUAUGGAGGGGAAAGAUAUGAAAAGCGUGAACUUCAGCAAAGAGUACACAACAUAUUUCUACAGCUGUUUGACUCAUCCUAUUGGAAGUCAGUUAAUGGAGAUUCAAAUGUGGAAGAAGUCCAUGAAGACAUUUAUAAAUUUGUCAGGACAACAAUUGAGGAAUCUGAAUAUAAACCUUUAUGCAAACUUUGGACAUAGAGAUUGUUGUAACCUCUUAUGGCGCUGUUAACUUGACUUUCAAUGUUGGAUAUAUUUGAUUGUUAUUGAUUCUACAUGAUUUUUGUGUAAUUAAUAUUUUGUACAUUAAUGUGAAUGUUGUGCAUUCAGCUGAAUUUUGAUGUAAAAAUGUUGUAUUUAGCCAUGUGUAGUGUAAAAAUUAAUUUAAAAAAUAUGUUAUUUGUGGCAUUACAUACUUUUUGUCUAAAAUGUUUACUAUUUGAUUGUUACAUAUCCCUUAGAUAACCAAGCAACCAAUUACUAGGAAUAUGAUUUAUUUUUGUAAAAUUGUACACAUUUUUAAAAAUGUUUCUCCUUCAGUGCUUCUAAAAAUAUUAUAGUUAUAUCCUAGCAUUUGAAUUACCCAACUAAUUUGUCACUAUUUGAAUUGUACCUGCCUUAAUUUUGACAUACCUUUCCUAAUUAUGAACGGACCUACCUGUAAUUGUUAGUAAUCUAGAGAUCAGAUAGUUGUGUUACAGUUUUAUGUAGCUUUCUUUUACCAAAAGAUGUUAGGUUGAUUUUCUUUAGCUUUUACUUUUUGUGUUCACAAUUACACUGAAAAUAGUUUGUUUGCUGCACCAUACUUUGAAUUUAAAAUAGUAUUACCCCUGCUGUGUUCAUACAUAGGGCUACUGUAAAUUGCACAAAAUACAAUAAGCUAUAAUAAAACUUGGAAAAUGAAAAAAAAAACAACAACUGAAAUUUGUUCCUUAAAUUCACCAAACUUGUAUAGACAAAUAGUCUCACCAAUGGACUAGUCUUGCUGUAGACAUGUUAUCCAAAUAGUCUCACCAAUGUACUAGACUUGCUGUAGACAUGUUAUCCAAAUAGUCUCACCAAUGGACUAGACUUGCUGUUGACAUUGACAUGUUAUCCAAAUAGUCUCACCAAUGGACUAGACUUGCUGUAGACAUGUUAUCCAAAUAGUCUCACCAUUAGAAUAGACUUGCUGUAGACAUGUUAUCACUGUCUUAAGUCAUCUGUUGCUUGAGUUAUAAAACUUUGAACUGCAUUGAUGUGUUUGUUCAAGCGGUUUUUUAACACGUACGAUCCAAAAAAU